AUGACUAUAUUCAAAAAUCGGAAGACAUUUUUUGUAUCUUUAUGUUUGCUACUUUUCUUUAAUGGUAUCGGUUUAUUAUGGAAAAAACGAAUAUCUGAAAAGAAUAGCAGCUUGAGCCCUGGGUUCGGUAUCAAAAAUAGAUUUCGAAAGACGGUGGAUUUUUCAAUUUGGAAAGGCAACAUACUGGAACCAACGACUGCCGUACUGUCUGUUGGGGCGAAUUCCACUUUUAUUAAAAAUAGUGAUACUAGAACAAGUUUCAAUAAUGAGUGUGAUAAUAUAUAUAGUCAUCCAGAUAAAUGCGAUUUUGUUCGAAAACAUUGUCGAGAUUAUUCUUCUGGUUUAAUCGAUUAUUUACAAUUCUACUUUUGUAAUUCACCAAAAUGGCAUUACGUGUAUUUAAUGACAUUGUUUUUGUGGUUGUUAUUCUUGUUCGGAUUUAUUGGUCUUGCCGCUUCUGAAUUCUUUUGUCCUAAUUUAAGUACAAUUGCAUCAAAAUUGAAACUAUCCGAAAGUAUGGCGGGCGUGACUUUCUUAGCCUUUGGAAACGGAUCACCUGACUUGUUUAGUACUUUUAGUGCAAUAAGCCUUGGAUCUGGUUCGUUAGCCAUAGGUGAACUUAUCGGUGCAGCCAGCUUUAUAACUUCGGUUGUUGCAGGAUCCAUGGCUGUUGUGUCACCUUUCCGCGUUACAAAGGCACCCUUUCUUCGUGAUGUUAUUUUCUUCCUGGUGGCAAUUAGUUUUGUACUUACUAUAAUCUCGGAUGGAAAAAUUCAUCUAUGGGAAAGCAUAACCUUGGUACUGUUCUAUUUAACUUACGUUAGCGUGGUUGUUAUAGGAACUUGGUGGGUAAAGGAUCAAAAAAGACGUAUAUGGCAGGAACAAAAAGCAAGAGAUGAAUAUACCCCAACAUCGUUAAACAAUGGUGAUACAGAGAAUUUGGAAGAACAAACUGAAGAAGAAUUCGAAAAUCAAGAUGCAUAUGGAUACGAUACAUACGUCGAAACGGAUUUGUUAUUAUCAGAAGGUGAAAGAAUUCCUGAUUAUACAGGUCGUAAUGCAUCACCAAUUUCGAUGACGCCUUUAACAAAUUCAGAACCACGUGAAUAUUUUCUCUCUCCUAACGAUUUGCCUAUACGACCAAUUCAUCGUAGAAUGAGACCUUCGUUUUUUGGAGCGAUCGAGUUUAGGGAUGUCGUUAAUUCUCUUAAAUUAGAUAGUAGCGCGAGAGCCCUGGAUAUAUUUGGUCGGAGUCAUUCAACAGAUUUUUACAAUAGUCGUUCAGACAGUCCACGAAGCAGGACAAUGUCAUUUAAUAGACCAAUAUUCGGUUCUCGCAAAAGAUCUUGGGCCAGUGAUGGAGGUGGGAUAAUUACAAUUCCCGAGUCACCUAUUAUGAACUCCAAUAGCCUUAAUGGUAGUGGUCAUAGCAGUGGAUCGAGAUCAUUAACUCAACCUCCUUUGUCGAAACAAAAACUUGGAGACGCAUUAACUAUACCGCGUCUAAUGUUGAUACCUCCAACUCCAGAUCAUGGACCAGAUUCACCUGAUAAGGGAUCAUCAUCUCGUUCUAGUCCUUUACCAUUAACGCUGGAGACUUCAAAUUUUAUACUUGAUGGUUUAUUACAUUCAUCUCCUGGAAACUCUCCCUUACACUCUCCCAGCUUAUCCUCUCCAUCACCGCCCGUCAUUUCUUGUUGGGAUAAAAUUCAAGUAAUUUUAUUCCCGACUUUGGAAGGAUUCUCUCAAAAAUCAUAUAUCGCAAAACUUAUUACUUUAAUGGCGACACCGGCAAAUUUGUUACUAACACUCACCCUACCUGUUGUAGAAUCGGAUGAAGUAGAUUUUAAUGAGGUUGAAAAGGAAAGUUGUUUACGUCCACAAUUGGCCAUUGUGAUAGAUGACGACCCGGAUAUGGUCAUUGUUGAAAGUCCUGAUGAAGACUGCAAGGAAACUAGGUGGAAUCGAUGGCUGACUGCUGCUCAGUUUGUGUUUUCACCUUUAUUCGUCUCUUCCGUUUUAUUUUUUGGAGAUAAUUCGUCAAUUAUUUUAUAUUCUUUUCUCGGAGGUACUGUAGCAGCUACAGCAUGUAUUAUAUUUACGCAUGAUGAUAAACCACCAAGAUUCUAUUCAUUACUAUGUUUUAUGGGAUUCGGUGUCGGUAUGGUUUGGAUUUUCCUUGUAGCAAACGAAGUUGUAGGUUUGCUUCAGGCUAUAGGGCUGAUAAUGGGAUUAAGUGACGCUAUACUCGGGUUGACCAUUUUUGCAAUGGGUAAUAGUCUCGGUGACUUUGUUGCCAAUAUUACUAUUGCCCGAAUGGGAUUUCCAAUGAUGGCAAUGAGCGCAUGUUUCGGUGGUCCCAUGUUAAAUAUCCUUCUUGGGAUUGGUAUUGCCGGAACAUAUACGACAAUACAAUCUGGAGAACCUGUUUAUAUAGAAAUAGAUCCUACAUUAUUUAUUUCAUCGAUCGGAUUAUUAUUGACAUUAUUUUCUGCUCUGUUUUAUUUACCACGAAACGAUUUUCGUAUGACUCGCGGUUCAGAAACAUCUGAUACACCUGAUACAACUAAUAAUGAUCUUCCGAUUCCUGAUCCUAAGCAGAAAGGAAAAGAAAUUGAUAAAAAUGAAGUUCCUGUUCCAAAAGGUAAAUUAUCAAUACAAGAAAGAAAUCAAGAAGAAAACCCAAUCGGUUCAGACUGUCAUCUCGUUGGAUCCCAAAAAAAUAUACGUAUGGAGCACUAG